AUGGAUGCGGGGCCAACCGCGGAGGACCAAGCAGCCACCACCAUCCGGUGAGCCUUCCGGAAGCUCCUGGCGAGAAAGGAGCAGCCCCGCGGUGAGCAGGACCACCAGGACUACCUGGAGCUGAUGGAGAAGCUCCCGAGGCAGGCCUUCGUGGCCCUGAUGCGGCGGGAGCAGGAGGCGGCCCGGCGGCAGUGGGAAGAAGCAGCGCGGCAGGAGGAGCGGCAGCGCGGGGCGCGCCUGCUGGAGGCGGCCUUCGACGGGAACCUGGGCGAGAUCCAGGCGGUCCUGCGGGAGGUGGACGCGCUGCUGAACCGCGAGGGCGUGAGCUGCGACGCGGCGCGGGCGGCGCGCCGGCUGCAGCGGCGCCUGGCCCUGGUGGACUUCGAGUACAGCGGCGGCGGGCGGGCCGUGCUCAGUGAGCGCAUCCAGCAGGGCGCCUUCGGCCGGACGCCGCUGUACCGACCGGCCUUCGGGGGCCACCAAGCCGUGGAGGUGCUUCUGAAGCUCGGAGCCGACCCCCGGGUGUAUGCGGACGACGGACGCACCCCCGAGCAGGUGGCCUCGCUGGACACGGUGGUCAGCAUGCUGCAGUCCUGGGACCUGAGCCUCACAGAUGCCAUGCUCCAGAACAUGGAGGUCCAGCGGCAGCGCCGGGGCCAGGAAACCAAGCAGCACAGGGAGGCGGAGGCCAAGUGCACGAACCUCAAAGUGCAACAGCUGCCCAAGGAGCAGCAAGUGUCACCAACAGGUGUGCAGCCAGCCCCCCGGAAGGAGCCGCAGGCCUACCUCGAGCUCAACCCGAGGACCGACGAGCACAACAAGGCAGCCGCGUGGCGGGGGCGGGUCGGCCCCCCUCCCAGCCCCUUCCUUAGGGGUCCCGGCUGCGCCCGGCAGGCAGGGGUGGGGGUCCGGCCUUGCCCUGAGCAGAGCGUAGGGCCCCUCCUCCAGGCCGUCAAGGACGCGGAGGCCCAAGUGGACAGGCUCCGGUAGGAGGCCCAAAAGGCGGAGGAGACGCUGGCCCUGGCCAGGCUGGAGAGCGGGGGGCGGGCCCAGGAGGGGGAGGAGGAGGCGCCCGGGCUGAAGUGUCAUGUCACCGAGCUCCACGACGUGCUGUUGAAGGACGUGGGUGAUCGCAUUCGCGCUGACGGCAGGUGGCCUCUUGUCAUCGACCCUUUGGGCCAGGCGGCCACCUUCCAGCGCUACCAGGACACCAACUAUGUGGACGCCGUGAACCCAGACCACCUGAGGCCGGAGAGGAUCAGGCUGGCGCUGCUGGGGGCCCUCGGCUUCGGGAAGCCGCGGGUGUCCGACCUGCGUGAAGUGGACCUGUUCCCGGCGGCGCAGCGGCAGCUGGAGGCGGUGCAGCCGGGCCUGGCGCAGGAGCUGCUGGGCCGCGGGCUGCUGGAGCGGGAGAGGUACCUGUCGCUGCUGCGGCAGAGCCAUGGGCCGGAGUCCAGCCCCAGCCAGUGCCGGGAGGCGCGCCUGGGGCACUUCCACCUCUUCUUCGUCACCAAGGUUCGGGCUCUCUGGGCGUGCGCCGUGCAGGGGAGGGGGCCGGCCGGGAGCCCCAGCUUGGGGACCGCGGCCGGCGGGCCCCUGGGGGCGGAGUAG